AUGGCAACAACAGCUGCAGGCCCAUCUAUACCUCUUCAAACCACCACCGCCACUACUUCCACUACCUCUUGUUCUUCCCCUCACCAAGCCCUCUCCGUCGAUUUCUCCUGGAAAAAAUGGAAAUCACUCAUCACAACCCAAGACUCUUCCUCCUCCUCUUCAUCUCAACCCCUCUACACCGUCUCCUACAAAACCCUCUCUCCCAAUCUCGUCUUCAAAUCCGCGCUCGACAAAUCCGUCUUCGGCACCGGAACUCUUCAUCCCUUCUCCAUCGACUCCGACUGUUCGUUGCGCGAUCAACCCAUACAAUUAAAAGCCAUGAAACGUUUCAAGACAGAGUAUUCGCAUCUAUCCCGUACAUUUUCUCCCUCGAGCAAAGAACCGGUACAGAUGCUCUGGACGUCAUCCUCGGGUUGGAAAAAUUGGGAUUUCAUCUGUCUGGAUGCGUCUUCCAUGCCGGUUGCGAAAUUUUCGGCGAAUACGAUGAGUCUCAAGAAUGUGGGACGGAUUGAAUUUUUGGGAGAGGAGGUGAUAGGGAAUGAAGCAUUCAAAGAGGAGAUUGUAGUGGUGGGGAUGACGUUGAUGUAUACGAUGGUUUUGAGAUCGACUAGUUUUUUGAGUCUUUUUGGAGCAUUGUUUGCGAAACCUGGGAGGAAGGAGAUGGAGGAGGAGGGGAAAGGGGGGCAGGCGAACGAUGGAAAGGUACAUGGGGAUUAG